AUGGCUGGUGUACCACCCCCCGGCCCCCCGGCUGGAACCCUAAUCAACGGCGCGCCAGCAAGUAGAAUCACCGCUUCGAUGAACACCCUUUCCCUGCUCCCCAUCCUCCGCAACACAACCAUGCGACCCAAUCGCAACCUACUCGUCGGACCCCGACGCAUCCUAAACGAAGAAGCAUGGCUCGCCACCCAAGUCGGUACUCUCCAAGCGCAUCCCUGCACCAAUUGCAGAAAGGGAAAUGGUCCGUUUACCGAUUGUGUGUUGGCGGAUGGCCAUUUUAAAGAGGCGUGUACGAGUUGUUAUUAUGGGAGACAGGGCAGCAGAUGCUCGUUGAGACAUGAACAUCAAAACGCAGUAGCUCAUCUUCAAGCAGAAGCUGAAGAUGCUCCUGACAUUCCGGGCAUGGCGCCUGCGAAUAAUUUCGGUGGCCAGAUCGGGGAUUUGGCUGGAUUGGCUGUCGGUAUUGCGCAACAGGGCAUUGGUGCUAUUGUUAUCCCUGCGCAGGGAGUGCCUCCUGCAGCGAAUGUUCCUCGUGGGGGAGGCACCGGUGGCGCGAAACGUAUUGCGCCGUUAUUGGUGGGACCGGUGGGUAUUGGAUUGGCUAGUGCAGCUGCGGCUGCGGCGAUUUUGGUGGCUUUGCAAGGCCCUGGUGUGUUUGGAAGAACUAAUGCGUCCAGAGCGCGUGCUGCUAGAGGUUUGAGUGAUGCGGAUUUGGAGGCGCAUAGGAUUAGGUUGACUGCUGAGUUGGCGAGAGCUUCGGCUGAGUUGGAUGCUGUUAGGGGAGAGCAGAUGGAUAGGGAGGCUUUGAGAGAUCAACAUGGGGAAGAGGUAGAAGAGGAAGAAGAGGACGAUGAAAAAGAAGAAGAGGAAGAAGAGGACGAUGAAAAAGAAGAAGAGGAAGAAGAGGACGAUGAAAAAGAAGAAGAGGAGGGGGAAGAAGAUGAUGAUGAAGAAGAAGAAGAAGUUGCUGCGCUGCCAGCCAAAAAGCCGAAGCAUGGAAAGAAAAUAAAGAAACAAAAAUAUACAUAUAUAAGAGUUCGACGACUAGAGAGUCGGGCAAGAGAGGAUUUGGGGUUGUUAACUUGGAGUACGAACCGUUAA